AUGCCUGUUCCUAGUAAACACACAAAUAUUGGUCGUUCUCAGAGCUGGGAUGCUACUGAGUGGUACGAAGGCAAUUGGGAUAGUGAGAGUUUGUCAGAAUAUCCAAGACCUGCUGUGAGAAGAAACUCUGUGACGUAUAGUGGGGACAGAGACUUUUACACUACACUUGCUGUUAGAGCUCAUAAUACCAACUUUUCAGGGGGCGCUAACUUAAAACAAGAGUCCUGCUCUCACCAAGAUUUGGCAUUGAAUCAUGGUUAUCCAGAUGGUCUUGAACAUCGAGCCAUAAAUAAGAGAUCUGUUUCUGACUUUAUUCAUCCUUACGAAAAGCAAAAUACCAUGUCUGUAAGAAAUACUCUGCCACCACAAGAUUACUACAGUGAUGCAGCUCUGCCUGCUAGACAACUUGAAGAUCCACGAUAUUAUAGGGACCAAAUGCUUAACAGAUCUCCAGCUCAGAAUUAUGGGAUGACAAAUGUUAGAGUGUCAUGGGAUCAAGCACAAGGUCGGGCACCUCCUCCUUCACAUGAAGCAAGCCACAUGUACCAAGAUAGUGCUGGUAAGAUAAUAACUGAAGGUCAGAGGCUCCGUACUCGAGACAGUUCUCCUGCUAGGUAUGGUGCUGACACUGCUAAUCCUAGGUAUGGAACAGAGGCACCAGCCUUUAGCAGGCAAGUUUACAAUGAUGUGGCAGGAAGGCCUGUAGAUCCCAUGUCUCACAGACAGACUGCUCCCACUUGUCUUGUUAUGGAUUCAGCAGGUACUCCAGUCAUGGAUGGUCCCAUGGAAAGACCCCAGUCUUCAGUGCCAGUUAAUCGCAGCUAUGGUCCUGUAAGGGAUAGUAUGAACUCAAAAGUGGUGUAUGAUGGCUAUGAUAAUGCCAUGAUACAAUCUCAUACACAAGCUGUUGCCACUGCCGUACAAGGGACAGAUUUAAAGAAGAAUCUGGACCCAGAAUUUCUUUCCCUUUUGCGUUCUGAAGGAUUAUCUGAAAGUACUAUUGGUGCAUUGCUGCAGCAAGGGUUUGAUUCCCCCAGCCUCCUAGCCAUGAUGGAAGAUAAUGAUAUCAGGCAGGUAGCCUCUAACCUCGGACAAGCACGAAUGCUUUCCCGUGUUGUCCAUAACUAUAAAGCAGAAAUGCAACUGCUUAGACAAGAUAUGCAAGGUAAUGCAGUGCGUUCCAGAACCCGAUCUAAUAGUUUCAGUCAUCGGGGUGAACUUAUGCGCAGUGAGUAUGGAGUCCAGGGCAGUACAGGUCCUUUGUUAGAUGGAGUUGUUAUGCAGCAGCCUACUGGAUCACUUCAACCAGCUGAAAUAAGUCGUCGUCCAUCAAGUGCUCCUUCACAGCAUCUUUUAGAAACUACAACAUACUGUAUGCCAGGAACUGGUCGACAGAGUAACCAUUUUCCAUCAUCUGGGUAUGUCAGUCCCAUCCCGACAAAUCUGCAGAAUCGCACUGUGUCAGCCUAUUCUCCCUCUGGAGUGAUAAUGAAUGCGGUACAGAGUAUUCCAGCUUCGGUGCCGAAAACAGCAUAUCCAACUUCUUACACAGUACCUAUGGAGCUUAUGAAGAGGGAGCGCAACCUUCCUAUUUCCCCACUACAUAGUCCACGCAGCAGUCCACAGCUUCUUCGAAAGCAUGGAACUCCUACAGAGUCAACACUGAUGCCUGGAAACCAGAACCUUCAGAUACAAAAUUCUACUAGUCAGAAAGUUACCAGGCGAACUGGACCACCAGUCAUUGUCUCCAGCAUGUCAUCACCUGAAUCAAGUAUCCGUCCGCAGAUCAUGAAUGGUCCCAUGCACCCACGUCCUUUAGUGGCAUUGUUGGAUGGCAGAGACUGUACUGUGGAAAUGCCAAUCCUGAAAGACUUGGCCACUGUUGCAUUCUGUGAUGCACAGUCGACUCAGGAAAUCCAUGAAAAGGUUUUGAAUGAAGCAGUGGGAGCCAUGAUGUACCACACCAUCACGCUUACUCGCGAAGAUCUUGAGAAGUUCAAGGCCUUGAGAGUCAUUGUUCGAAUAGGCAGUGGCUAUGACAAUAUCGACAUUAAAGCUGCAGGGGAAAUGGGAAUUGCAGUUUGUAAUAUUCCCUCAGCAGCAGUGGAAGAGACUGCAGAUUCAACAGUAUGUCACAUAUUGAACCUUUAUCGACGGAAUACGUGGCUGUAUCAAGCAUUACGUGAAGGUACUAGAGUACAAAGUGUUGAGCAGAUCCGGGAAGUGGCCUCCGGGGCAGCUCGUAUUAGAGGGGAGACUCUGGGCCUUAUUGGAUUUGGUCGUACUGGUCAAGCAGUUGCAGUCCGAGCCAAGGCCUUUGGUUUCAAUGUGAUAUUUUAUGACCCAUAUCUCCAGGAUGGAAUAGAGAGAUCUCUGGGAGUUCAGCGGGUAUACACUCUCCAAGACCUGUUGUAUCAAAGUGAUUGUGUGUCACUACACUGUAAUCUGAAUGAACACAAUCAUCAUCUUAUUAAUGACUUCACAAUUAAGCAGAUGAGGCAAGGGGCAUUCCUGGUGAAUACAGCCCGUGGAGGACUUGUAGAUGAGAAAGCUUUAGCCCAAGCCUUAAAAGAAGGGAGGAUACGGGGUGCAGCCCUUGAUGUCCAUGAAUCUGAACCUUUCAGCUUUACCCAGGGUCCUUUGAAAGAUGCUCCUAACCUGAUCUGCACACCACACACUGCCUGGUACAGUGAGCAGGCAUCACUGGAGAUGCGGGAAGCUGCUGCUACUGAGAUUCGAAGAGCAGUUACAGGUCGCAUUCCUGAUAGUUUGAGAAACUGCGUCAACAGAGAAUUCUUUGUCACGACAGCUACGUGGUCAGUGAUGGAUCAGCAAGCAGUGCAUCCUGAGCUUAAUGGUGCCACAUACAGAUACCAGCCAGGAGUAGUGGGUGUAACACCUGGAGGAAUUCCUGCAGCAAUGGAGGGGAUUUUACCUGGAGGUGUCCCUGUUACCCAUACUCUUCCAGCAGUGGCCCAUCCUUCUCAAGCUCCAUCUCCCAACCAGCCAACCAAACAUGGAGAUAACAGAGAACAUCCUAAUGAGCAAUAGCAUCAUGAGGGACCUAGCUCUGGGAUUAAUUUGGGACCAAGUGACAUUCCAAACACCAGAUAAACUGAAAUGAAGGAAAGCAAGCUUCCAUUAAUUUGUCAGUUUGUUUUUUGGACAAAUGCCAGCUUUGGAUGUUCCAGUGUUAUAUGAAGAGCAAGAAUGUUGUACGAGCCCAGAAAACGCACCACUUCUUGCAAAAGCUCAGAAGGACUUUGUGUGAUAUGACAAAUUUUCCUGUUAGUAAUUGUGUGUUUGAUUUUUUUCAUCCUAGUGUCUUUUUACCAAGGAAAUGUACUAGAUUGAGUUUCUUUUGCUCUUAGAUAUGGGUAUGAAAUUGUAGAAAAUGAAAAAGCAUCAAAUACUGGAAAAAAAACAUGUCCUUCAGCAUGUAGCUAUACUGAGAUAUGAAAUCAGAAGUUCAGUAUCAAAGUAAAAAAAGUUUUUUUACCACACUUAUGAUGCUACUGACUGUUGGUUUAACACACCAGUCAGAUGUUGGAGAAGAUUGUUGGUUAUUUUACAGGCUAAAAUAUCAAAUCCCCUUCACACUUCAGUGUGUGCCCCAAUGAAAAUCUUUAAUAGAACAUGUACUGGAGUAGUCACUUUACAUGUGAAAUACUCCUAGCUGUAUAGCAGAUACAUCAAUACUUUCAGAACACAAUGAGCUGUGUGAGGCUGUUUGUAUAAUUUCUGUUCUAGUUUUAGCAUAAAGUUUAGUGGGUGAGGUACAGUCAUUUUACCAAUCACAAUGCAGAUGUAAAGUAAAAAUGGAACCUACCAGGGCACUAUCCAAAUCAGGAAGUCCUUAAAUCCCUCUUAAAAAUAAACGUUUCCCACUUCCCAAAUUCACUUUAGUCAGCAGCAAAGUUGCAUCUGGGUGAAUAUUUGAUUCCCUUAUAACAAAAUGAAUAAUUCAAGUUAUAUUCAUUUUAUGUUGAAUUCUUCACCUUAAAAAUCAUAAGGCAAGUCAAACUAUUAAUAUGAAAUUUUGGUAGAACUCCCUUAAUGUACUUCUGUUUGCAUUUAGGAAAAUUACAGUUCACCCAAACAAAUGUCAGUUAUUGCAUUGAUAUCAUUCAUUCUCAAGUCUCACAUCUCAGCAAAAAGCUGUGAAAAGUUUUCAGCUGCACAGCUCAUGACAGUCUAGGAAAAAGGUACAUGAUCCUUGGCAAAAAAAAACGUAUUGUUCUCUUCAGUUUUGCAGCUCUAUAUGUAUGUUAAACCUUGGACUGGAAAUGGUUCAGGAUUUCAUUUACAUUUCCCUUCAUCUCAGGAAAACAUGUUGUUUUUAUCAUUUAUGUUUUCUGUAUGAACAACUUUUAUUCAGUACCCACUUUUUUAGACAAGAGUCCUUUUUCAUGUGGUAUUUUCUAUAAAGAAUACUUCAGAUAUGUUAUUAGUUGUUUCAGAUUUUUGAAAUGUCUAAUUAGAUUUGUAUUGACUAUGUAAUUGUUCUCUUCAUAUUCCUUGUGAAUCUCAUCAUGGUUUGUUUACGAUGGCCAGUUUUAAGCCUUUGUAUGGGUGUAUUGCUGAUCCUGAUAAACAAACCCAAUACCAGAACAAGUCUCAAAGCAGAAAACGGCUGUCAGAACUACGUUUUUAGAGUGAGUUUCUGUAAUGUAUUUGUUUAUUGUAAAGGUGAACAUUUAGUGUUCAGUGCAGUUUUAAAUAAAAAGUUGGAAUCAGA